GUUUUAUUUAUAGCUGAUGAAUUGUCUGUCGAUAAAUAAAGAUUAUCUAUCUAUCUAGGCUGACCAGCAUUUAAUUUCUUCCAACAAUAUCACCAGUGAAUGACACAUCAUGGUCACAAGAGUAAAGGAAAUGAUCGUCAUCUAAAGAAGCUCUUGAUUGUUUAACAAAUUAUCUUUGUCAGCACCAUGGGAAAUGUACAGAGUACAGUAUAGAGAAUAAGGUUACUGAUACUCAAUGUGUAAAGGGCUAAGCAUCUUGGCUGAAUUUUUUUUUUUGAGGGGGUAUUUUCUUUUAAAGGUUCUGGACCUUAAUGACUAUGAUAAACUGUACCUGUUAAUGUGCAAAUGGAGAAUCAUUCGGCUUUUCAACCCGUUGUGUUAUGCUGCUGAUGUAACAAGUGUUGAAGACCUGGAAAAGAAAGUGAGGACAAACUUGCAUGAUUUGAAAAGAAAGCUGCCAGCUUGGUCACAAUCCGAGUAUUUCAAGGAUGAUUUAGAAACUAUUGAAAAAGUGAUUGAAGAUUCGAAGACUGUGAACUAUGAAGAUUUACCGUCACUUCUGGGUAUUAAGAGAAAUAACUACAGAGAGGACUUAGAAGAUGCAGGAGUCCAGAUGAUUCAAAAGAAACAUCUGUCUUUGCAAAGGAAAAUAGCUCUUGGUCGUCCAUAUUCUGGUGAUGUUUACACUGCCCAGUGGUCACAAGGUCAUAAUACGGUUGAUGUUGUUUUACGCUUCGACUUUGGUCCAGCACAGCGAGAGUUGUUCAUCAGAGAAGCUAAAAUAAUGACUUGUCUCAGUCAUGAAUACAUCAUGAAGUUUUAUGGUGCUGUUAUUCUGGGCUCAUAUGCAGACUCUGUGGGAUUGGCAGUUGAAUUUUUCAGCAAAGGCAACCUGGAGGAGUUUCGGGUUCCAUCUCUCUUCCAUGCCUGGCUCUAUGCAUCACAGCUCUCUUCAGCUCUAAAAUAUCUGGAGUCCAAACAUCUUGUACAUACAUCUGUAGCGGAGCCUUUUGUUUACAUUUCAUCGCUUGAAAAGAUCAGCCUUGGUGGUUUCAUGUGCUGCUAUUAUGAGGAAGAAAUCAAGGAAACCAAACAAAAGGGUCAACAUGGUAAUUUACUAUUAUCAACAAUAACUGGUCAUCAAGGUCAUCGUUUGGAUGACCUGUCUGGCAGAGGGGUGGUUGCCCUGUUAUCUCAUGUGGUCUUGUCAAUGUUCAGAUACCUUGACUCCCAUUGCUUAAGCCAACUAGUGAACCUUUUCCCGGAUCGUAAGGAGCAUCCUCUUGUGUGUCCAUCUGGUGUUUCUUCCCUACUAGAGAGAUGUCAAGAAGAGGAUUUAAGUAAAAGACCAACAUUCCAUGACAUAGUUCAGACUCUUGCCAAGGAAAGACCAGCAAAGUUCUGUUUUACAACAAGCAAUUCAUCUACUGAACCUUGUGAACUUUCAUAUGAUCAGGGAGAAAAUGUUUGGGUUAUAUCUCAGGACACAAGCAGAUAUCAUGGUAUGUGGUUCGGUCAAAAAGAGAAAGGUGCUGCAGGAUUCUUUGAAAGUGAAAAAGUAAUAAGAACAGAUGAUGAUAAUCAGGUACCUCAUGAAAUAAGAGCCCGGGGAAUUGAAGCACAACUAGCCUACAACAUUGCUCUCUUAGAGGGAAAAGUCAAAGUGUGCCGUGCUCGACUACUGAUCAUUGGCCAAGACAGGGCAGGAAAAACAAGCCUGAAGAAUUCACUAAUGGGUUUGCCCUUUAAUCCCAAUGAACCAAGUACUGAAGGUUUGGAAGUAAAUUCAUCAAAACUGGAAGUUAAUGUGGAGCAGUUAGUUGAAUGGAAGGCUGUAAGUGAGGAACAUAAGGAUGUAGAACAGGCUUCACUGCAGAAGAGAUGUAUCGCUAGACUGGUUGCCAGUCAAAUGCUGGAGAAGAAGGAGACAAAAGCAAGCCAAACUUUGCCUCCCGAGGAGAAAGAGAUGCUGGAUGAAAAAGACGUUGCACAAGAACAGCUGAAUGGGUUACAUUUCACUGCAAAUCCUCCAGCAUCCAAUCUAACUCAAGAACCGAGAAAAGUAUUUGCACAAGACUUAGUCAAUGGGUCCCGAGAAAAACCAACUCCGAAACCAAAAAUUGACAUGCCAGAUGAAUUAACCCCACUUGUAACAGAGUGUCUCAAAAGUCCAGAGAAAAUUGAUGGUAACAGUGCAACAGAAACUGUUCUUGACAUCUGGGACUUUGCAGGUCAGCAUCUGUACUAUGCGACCCAUCCCAUCUUCUUCUGCCACAGAGCCAUCUACCUUCUUGUUCAUAACCUGGAGAAAAAACCAAAUGACCUUGCAGAGCCAUCAUUUAAGCAUGGAGACCAUGUAGUACCCUUGAAGAACACAUCAAAUGAGACAAACUUGGACAUGCUGUUGUCAUGGUUGGUUUCAGUCCACAGCAUUUGCAGGCCCCCAGUGGAGCAUGAUGUCAAAGAAUUGUGUAAGUCAAGCUUGCGCUGCCUUCCCCCACCUGUCCUUAUGGUGGGGACACAUGCUGACAAGGUUUCAACCCAAGAAAUCAAACAAGUUGAGUCUGAGAUCAGUAAAAGUCUUAAAGGCAAAACCUACCAAGAACAUGUACUGUCUCCUUUUUACAAGGUUGAUAACAGGCAGUCAUCAAAAUCACGUGAGGUUCAACAGAUCCAAGCAAAAGUGCAACAGAUAUUGUCAUCAGGGCUGAUUUCAACCGCAGACCUUCCUGUGAAGUGGUUCAAUUUUGAAAAAGCUCUAAAGAGUCGAACAGAAGGUGGAACUUUCUUCUUGACCCUGGAGGAAAUCCACACAGUUGCACAGGAAGAAUGCUACAUUGAAGACAAUGAACAGCUGGACACUAUGUUGAACUACUUCCAUGACCUUGGUCUGAUUGUGCGAUUCACGGACAUAGUAGUUCUUAAUACACAGUGGCUGGUCAAUCUCUUUAAAAAGCUGAUCUCCACUUGCCAUUUUGAAGAACAGGAUCCUGUUGAUCGCAAGUUAUGGGAGGAACUUGAAGAGACUGGAGUCCUACAAAAGGAGCUCAUUGACAAAGUGUUUGAAGAUUUGGAAGAGGGUAGAUACAAGUCAUUGCAGCAAAGUGUCUUAGAGAUGAUGGAAAAAUAUAGCUUUGUGGCAAAAUUUCAACAUCAAAUAGAACCAGACCAACAGCAGAACAUUUCCUGUGAGGGAAAAAUCGUCAAAUAUUUUGUUCCUGCUCAAUUGCGUCUAUCAGAUUCUGCCCUACAGAAAUUAGUGCCACAAGAGGGUGAUCCGUGUGCCCUCAUAUAUAAGUUCUGUGAUGGGUUUGUUCCACAUGGCUUAUUCCCUCAGCUUCUUUCACGUCUUAUUGCACGUUGUCCCAUCUUGGAAUGCACCACACCCCCGAAAUUGUACUGUGAUGCUGCUCGCUUUAUUUUAGGGAAGAGAGGUCAAUAUGAUCUUGUUCUUCUUUGUAGCAAGCAUUACAUUAAGGUGGUAUUAAGAGGGUACAAUCUUAACAUGUCCAGUAAUAGUCUUGAAAAUGGAAAGAGUAUGGCGUGCCAAGUGAGAAUCUUAAUUGACGGUGAAUUGCGAAGCUUAUCUGAGCAGUGGCAAUGGCUGAGAAAUGUACGCUAUAAAGUGUGUGUUACAUGCUCUGCUUGUAAAUCUUCUGAUGUGCUGUGUAAACGGCACCAAUCAGCAACAUGUUUGGAUCAAGAUUGUCUUCACUUUUUACCCAUCAGUUCUGAGGUAGUGGAUCCGUCAACACCUUUUAUUUGUCCAGAACAAGUAGGGAACCAUUCUAGGUUCACUGUUAGUAAUCUUCAUCUUUGGUACUGCAGCAUUGAGGUAAGAUGAUUGUUAUUAUGUAGUUCUAUUUAGAUUUCAUGUAUUUCUACCAAGCGUCAAUUCAUUGAUCCCCAUAUUUAUGUCUAAGUAUGUAUUUUUGUGUGUGCCUGACCUGAAGACGGUACCAUGUAUUAUUGUAUACUACCAUUUAAAAAAAAAACGGUUAUUGAAAAAAAGCAUAUAAAUGGACAUGACAACCCCAAAAGGUAUUUCUGGUAGUUUAAAUGUAGCUCACAGUUACUUGACCUCAAGAUUUGAAGGAAAUCUGAGAUAAUGUUACUGUUAGGUUGAUGCAUAGUAGGUUGGAUGAAUUUAUUUAUUUAUUCGACUUGUUAAAAUUAAUAAUUGAUUACCUUUCAUGGUUGUCGCUUGCGCUUUUUUUUUUUUUUUUUCGACAACCCUUCUCAACACAAAAUGGAGGAGGAACGUUUUAAUACAGAUACUAGUAAACUUUUAAAUUUAGCAGGCUGUACAGUGAAAUACAACCCACCAAAUUGACCAAUAACAGUGCAUGACAUUGUACUUUCUGAAAAAUACAACAAUAAUUAUAAUGUAUGUUAUUGAUUAGUUGCUUUAAAUGCAACAGCUACAUCAGUUUAUUUUUUACUUGCAAGGAGUUAACUGCUGCCUGCUUUCCUUUGACUAGGAUAACCCUCCAGAAAGUCCUCAACUAGCAAGGAUAGCGGACAUAGACAUUACACGAUUAGCUAAAGAAAUUGUUGAAGUGUGGAAGAAAGUUGCAAGGCUUUUGGGCUUGGAGGAUGCAAUUAUCAAGCAAAUUGCAAUAGAUGAGAAAGGCAAUGUCUAUGAACAAAGCUAUCAAAUGCUGUUUACAUGGAAGAAAAGUCAGAAGAAUUCAGAUGCACUAUGUGGGCAGUUAUAAGAUGCUCUGUGUGAUGAUCUAGUCAAGAAAAAUAAUGUAGCCCAACAAUAUUGCUACCUGCCCAAAAAAUAAUGUUGGAAUAAUCAGGUGUAUGAUACAUCUCAAGCCUAUAUUUCUUGAAGAAAUAUUUCAUGUUAAAAUAAUAAUUAUUAAAUAACUACACAUAGUAACUUUAUCUUGUCAAACUUCAUUGAUUUGUGAUGUAUGCAAUAGAAUUUAUUUGUUGAACAACUUUCAUCUUCUAGUUGUCUUAAAGUGGCUAAGAGCUCUUUUUUUACCCUUUAUUAAAGAUAAUAAUGAAAUGAAUUGUACAAGACUCAGGAGCUUUUAUAGUUUGGCAUAGUUAUGUAUGUCUCCCAUAAAUGGUUAUCGUAAUCAACAAAAAUUUAAUUUAUCUUUUUAAGAACAGUCUUCAGUAAAUUGACAAAUUUUGUAUGUGAUCUGCUGCAGAUUUAGUUAUGUUAUGUGGGGUCCAUUUCCAAGAAAGAUAUUAAUGAGGAAACAUGAGCAAAGAAAGGUUGCCACCAUCCUAGAAAAUUUGUUAGUGUUCAAUACUAUCAGUUUAGCAGGCAACUGAUAAGAUUUGUUGCCCUGAGGAGAAAAGUUUCUACAUUGUUCACAGUGUACCUGAUAGUUAACACUAGGUCCAGGCAACAGGGAAUGGUACGUAAUUUAAGCUUUUCUAUGAAAAAAAAAAAAAUUCGUGCAAAGGCUAUGUUUGCAAAGUGAAUUACAAAAUAUUGGACAAUAAAUUUUAGAAUUGUCA